CAACUCUCCUCUCAUUGAGUUCCAAAGCUAACAGAAACAAAAAGCCCAAUGAUCUUCGGCCUAACAGCCCAAGUUCUCACCUUCGCCUUCGCAGCCCCCCUCUACUGCUUCUUCCACCUCACAACCUCCAAAACAGCCAAAAACCCAACCCCCGACAACCUCCGCAUCCCGCGCGCUAUCACAAACACUCUUCCCUUCGUCUUCAUCCUAGGCUACAUGGUUCCCACCCAGCUCCUGAUCCUCCCAAUCUCAGAGCACGUCACAUUCGACCUAAAACAAAUCUUCAUCGCCAUCUGGCAGCCCUGGCCCGCCUACGUCUCCAUCCUCCUCACCCUCAUCUACACCAUCAUCGCCCCCUUCACAUCCUCAGAUAGGAUAACCCCAACCAGCGAGCGCAAGUCCCUCAGUUCCCUGAGAUGGGUCUACGCAUUCGCAUUCGGUAACACAGCUCUUACACAUCUCGUCUCGUGGAUUAUUUCCCUGGGAUCUGUUCUCGUCCCUGAUAUGUUUAAUGGGGAGUUUGUCGACGCCCUCCAUCCUGGACGGGUGUUUGAGGUCCCGAUUCCAUGGGAAGAUCCUGUUCGGACUGUCGCGAGUGUCGGGCAUGGGGUUCAUGCGUUCCUUAGGUGGGAUUAUAUUAUUGGAUCCCUCGGAGUGCUGGUUUGGGCGGGCAGUCUUUAUGCCGCUGCGCAGAGGGGGGUGUAUGGUAGCGUUGGGUGGUUAGGGCUGUUUGGGAAGGCGGUUUUGUUAAGUGUUUUUGUAGGGCCUGUGGGUGCUGCUGUUGAAUUGAUGUGGGAGAGGGAGGAGUUGGUUCUGGCGAAAAGGGGUUUAAUUGAGAAUCGGAAGAAGGAUUCUUAGAUCUCAGGUGAG